AUGCCGCUGUCAAGGACAAGAUCAAGCCACAAACAACUAUCACGCAAGAAAGCUUGCAUACCAUGCUCUAAGGCGAAAGUGAGGUGCGAUCAGCGCCGUAAGCACUGCUCGCGGUGCCUUGGUCGUAGAGUAUCGAGCCAAUGCCGCUACCCCGAUUCACUGGACAUCGAUACCAAUGAUGGGCGCUUGCCACAAGACAACUGCGAGAAAAGUGUAAUUACUCCUUUGAAUGUCGCGCUCUGUAGCGGUGUUGAUAAUUUUAAUACUGAUCUCGUGGGAGCACAGAAGGACUUAAAACCCGUUGUACCAGUACCAGUUUGUACGGCCGACAAAUACAAUUGUGGAGAGAUCACCCCGUCUACGCUGACAGAACAUCUCACUGAUGCAAAUAGAUACCAUCUUGAAGAUGAAAAACCUUUCAGAUUUGAGGAACUGGAUCUUAUUUGCACGGUAAACUACCAAGAGAUACAAAACAGAUGGCUCAACAAUUAUAUCCCACCCUUGGAUCAUGAAGUUAAAAACUACCCUUCCAAUGUAACGUCUUUCAUUUCCAAAAUGCUUCGUGCAUAUUCCUCAAUGCCAAUCAGAAGAGAAGCUUUUCCGCCUUUUGUUCACAUCUCUCAAAACUCUCCGGUUGAUCUGCCAACCCCGCUAGCAGUGUGUCUCAGCUUAAUGCGAAUGUUUCAUAAUAGAGUUCCUUCUCAGGACUUUGUCAUAAAAGAUGCCCUCGCUAGGGAAAUGUCUCGUCUAUACCAACAGCAUGGGUCCUUUGACGAGGUUAAUCUCCUAGCCGCAUUCCAAGCUUACUUAAUUUAUUCUAUGGCAACUUUCUUUGAGUUUGAUCAAUGCAAACCAACAGGACUACACCAAGCUAUGGUAAACCUACAGAAUAUAGCAUGUGAAGUCUCAAAACGUGGCAUCUGUUGUUCGGCCGAAGUAAGCCGUUCAAUACCAAAAUGGGAGUCCUGGAUUGUUGCCGAAGCCAAGAGGCGUACAAUAUUCACAAUGUACUUAUUUGAUAGCCUACUCUGCUCACAUGAUGGGCUACCAACGUUUUUGGCCAAAGAGCUCAAAGGCACCUUCGCACCCUCUAGUGGGUCCUUAUGGCGAGCUACAACAAGGAAAAGGUGGAAUGAGCUAUAUCAAAGAUAUCUAUGUGAAUGGGGCAGUGAUGGGCCUCUGGUAAUUGAUGAGCUUUGGCCUGUGCCAUCUGACAUAUGCGGUCAGGAGUUGAAACGAAGGCGAAUAAGAAUAGACCACUGGCUCACAGAAGUCGACGACUAUGGAACUAUGCUUUUUGCGAUUACGUCAUGUACUCAUGGUGACCAAUAA